AUGGAUGAUACUUUUGAUCUUACACCCUAUUCACUGCGCCUAGCUUCCGUAGUGGUCGCAGACGAAUGGGACAUGGGUUUGCCAGGAGCAUUCCUGCUUUCUUACGGGUUAAGAACCAAUUCUCGCUACGCAUCAUCUGCAAAAAAACUAUUGUGCGCAUUUCAUGUCAUUCAGAGCAUAAAGAGAUAUUGCAAAAACCUCGGAAAGGUAUGCUGA